UUUCAAAUAAAAACAACUGCUCUGUGUCACUUCUACAUUCUGCAUUGACACUACAUUUUCCAGCACCACCACUGUCAAUGGCUUCUCUUGCAGCAUCUACCGCAGCUGCAUCCAUCGGAGUAUCGGAAAUGCUGGGGAACUUCUCUGUGGCGUCAAGGCCAGCUCCGUCAGCAUCUAGUCCUGUCACUUUCAAGACAGUUGCACUCUUUGGCAAGAAGAAGGCUGCACCUCCACCAAAGAAGGCUGUUGCUGUCACUCCGGCUAGCGAUGAGCUUGCCAAGUGGUAUGGACCCGAGAGAAGAAUUUUCUUACCCCAAGGCCUAUUGGACAGAUCUGAAGUUCCUGAGUACUUGACAGGAGAAGUUCCUGGAGACUAUGGUUACGAUCCGUUUGGUCUGAGCAAGAAACCAGAAGACUUUGCCAAAUACCAGGGUUACGAGUUGAUCCAUGCCCGAUGGGCGAUGUUGGGAGCUGCAGGCUUCAUAAUCCCUGAGGCAUUCAACAAAUAUGGAGCUAAUUGUGGACCUGAAGCUGUUUGGUUCAAAACUGGAGCCCUACUCCUUGAUGGGAACACGCUGAAUUACUUUGGAAAGAACAUUCCUAUAAAUCUUGUUCUUGCUGUCGUUGCUGAGGUUGUUCUUCUUGGCGGGGCAGAGUACUACAGAAUUACCAAUGGUUUGGAUUUGGAGGACAAACUGCACCCAGGCGGUCCAUUUGAUCCGUUGGGGCUAGCAGAUGAUCCAGACCAGGCCGCUUUGCUCAAGGUGAAGGAGAUUAAGAAUGGAAGACUAGCAAUGUUUGCGAUGCUUGGCUUCUUUAUACAAGCUUAUGUCACCGGAGAGGGUCCUGUGGAGAACCUUUCUGCUCAUUUGAGUGAUCCUUUUGGUAACAACUUGCUCAGUGUUAUUGGGGGAGCUGCAGAACGAGUUCCAACUCUUUAAGUUCUCGCUCAUCCAUCUCUUGCUGGGUGAAUUUGGAGGGCAGUUUACCUAAACUACUGCAACUAUGCUACUACUUUAUAGAGAUAUAAUAUAAAUCUUCGAUAGUCAUUUGGUUCCAAAUUUGCAAAGCUUUAAGAGAGAUUCUGAUCUUGGUUCAUAACAGCAAUAAUAUGACUUCUUUCUGCAA